ACGCCUGAGGCCGGCACCGCCCGGGUCACGCUCGCUGAAUGUAUUCUGAUUCCCUGGCUGGCACAGGUCGCUGUAGGGUCGUGUGCGUGAGUCUCCGGGAUGGUAAUAUUGUCAGAGUUUGGAGCUACACAUUACCCAGCCAACAUUAUUUACAGGACAGACUGCAUCCCGGUGUUUGGCCAAGGCUCUCCGAGACCAGCCGGAGGGUACUUAUAGAGAACUCUGAUAGAGCAUGGUGGCAGUAUACAUCGGACUGCGGAGGGGAUACACCAACUGAGAAACAUGAAGCCGUUCCUGCUGCUGGUUGUGUUGCUGGUCGUCGCCUGUCUCUUCACUGUCGUCUCUGCCGGCACCCGAGCGCUGCACGUCCGACCGAGGGACAACGCCGAGCGCUACAAAACCCACAGCUUCGCCUACGGCGUGAGCCACGGCGCCACCCACUUCCAGCAGGAGCAGAGGGGCAACGAGGAGGGUGACCAGGAGGGCACCUACCGCGUGGCGCUGCCGGACGGACGCGUACAGACGGUGCGGUACCUGGCAGAUCACCAGGAUGGCUUUAAAGCCGAGGUGACGUUCGAGGGCGAGGCAAAGUACCCUCCCCCAUCCCACUACGGUGAACAGAUCAGUGACUCCGAUGGCGAGUCAGACUCUGAUGAUGACUCGGACUCGGACUCCGAUGAGUCGGGUGAUGACUCGGCUGAUAGCUCUGAUGAAGACUCUGAUGAUGACUCUGAGGAUGACUCUGAGGACGAAGCUGGCGAAGCAGACCCUAAUGAAGUCAGUGGAUUUGCCGGUCGUCUUUCGAAAACACCCCGAUACGGCUACGUUCCUGUCUAUGCCUACCGUCCGAUCGGUAGCAAGCGAACGCCUGGCUAUUCGAGGAAGCAGAGCUAUGGAAACAAGUAGACAUUUUAGCCGGUUUUAUCAUUGUGUGCACGGUGCCUACUGCCAUCUUCACAGUAUCUGCUAGUUGUAUCGUCAGUGGUGUUUUG